AUGUUAUAAUAGAAAAAAUAAUUCUACAAUAUAGAAGAAUUUUUAAACACUUCAUUUUAAUCUCAUUAGGUUAUCCAUAUUGCUGAAUGUUAGAGUAAACUUGGUUCAAUUGGUGCAAUAGGCUUAGGUUUUGUUUUACAAAAGUGCACUAAUCUCUCAAAUUUGAAACUCAGUCUUUGUUACAAUUAAAUUGGUGCAAUAGGUGCAUCAGGCUUAUGUUCUGAGUUAGUAAACUGCAAUAAACUCACUAAUUUUAUACUUGAUCUAAGUGUUAAUUAAAUUGGUAAUGAAGGUACAUCAGGUUUAGGUUCUGCUUUAGCAAAGUGCACUAAUCUCUCAAAUCUGGAACUUUAUCUAGUGUAAAAUAAUAUUGGUCUUGAAGGGGUAUAAGAUUUGUUUUCUGAUCUAGCAAAGUGCUCAAAUCUCUCAAAUUUAACAAUCGAUCUUCGUAACAAUUAAAUUAGUGAUGAAGUUGCAUUUUGUUUAUCUUUUUCUGCUUUAGGAAAGUGCACUAAUCUAUCUUGUUUGGCACUUGUUCUUAAUCAGAGCUAAAUUAGUGCUAAAGGUGUAUCAUGUUUAGGUUUAGCAUUAUCAAAGUGCACUAGUAUAUAAAAUUUGACACUUGAUCUUUCCGGAAAUUAAAUUGGUGAUGAAGGUAUUUCAUAUUUAAGCUCUGCUUUAGUAAACUAUGAUAAACUCUCAAAUUUGACACUUGAACUUAGUAGCAAUAAAAUUGGUGCAAUUGGUGCAUCAUAAUUAGGUUCAGCUUUAGAAAAGUGUACUAAUCUCUCAAAUUUGACACUUAAUCUUUUUUGGAAUAAAAUUGAUGGUGAAAGUGCAUCAGGUAUAGGUUUUGCUAUAGCAAAAUGUAUUAAUCUCUCUUAUUUAGAACUUUUGAUUGGUGGAAAUUAAAUUGGUGCAAAUGACACUUCUAAGUUAGGUUCUGCUUUAGCAAAGUGUGCUAACCUCUCAAAUUUGACACUUUCUUUACUUCAAAAUUAAAUUGGAACACUUGGUGCAUCAGCCUUAGGUUUUGCUUUAGCAAAGUGCACUAAUCUCUCAAAUUUGAAUCUUAAUAUUAGAGAAAAUUAAAUUGGUGACGAAGGUGCUUCAGGUUUAUGUACUGGUUUAGCAAAGUGCUCUAAACUCUAAAAUUUGACACUUGAUCUUAAUGAAAACUAAAUUGGAGCAAUUGGUGCAUCAGACUUAGGUUCUACUUUAUCAAAGUGCACUAACCUUUCAAAUUUGAAACUUAAUCUUAGUGACAAUUUAAUUAGUGCAGUUGGUGCAUCAAGCUUAGGCUUAGCUUUAGCUAAAUGCAUUAAUCUCUCUUACUUAAAACUUUUGAUAGGUCAAAGCGGAAUCAAUCAUUCAGAAUAAUUUAAAAUUAUGAUCAACUAUCUUAAAUCAAAAUAAUUAGUUGUCUUACAUAUAAAUUUCUAUUAUUGA